AUGGCACCUCGUCAACCAAAGCCAAACGUCCAAAAGGUUGGGCGGCAACCCUCGGCGCCAAAAGAUCACGGAAAGAGACCUCAAGGUGUCGAGAAAGGACGAUCACAACUACCUUCUCGCAAGAGUGCGCGCUUAGAAAAUUUAGAACGUCGCCAGAAACGAACCAUACCUGAGGACACAAAUACCGAAAUAAAACAUCGAGCUUUGUUUCCAAACAAAGUAGAGAAUCCAUCGGAAUUAUUAACAGCUGAGAAUCGAAAACGACUACGAGAAUCCGAAGGUCCAUUAAGCGGCGUUCAAUCCAAGCCGGUUCGGAAGCGACCGCGAACAUCAGCUUCAAGUUCGGUUAUCGGGAAUAAAUCUAGUCAAGAGGCGGCCUGCAACGUCACCAGGUACAGCAUCAAUCCAAUUGAUCAUUGGAGACGAGAAAGCUGCUGGCCCGAGGAAUAUUUCAAACAAGACGAUCACGCUAGGAAAGAUAUCAGCAAAGCUUUUGAAGAAAGGUGGCGCGAGGGAUAUCGGGUACCGGAGGCGAACAUGAAUCAUCUACUUGCAAGGCAGAAAUCAUCAUCUUCACUUCGCAAACAAUCGGAAGCCAGCUCUGCCGCGCCCAGCUCUAGCGAUCAGAAGCCGAGAGAAGCUAAAAGUGCCACUUACGCCCGUCCCAGCUAUGAGGCUGUACUUGCAUCCAAGGGUAGCUUUAUGGGCAAGUUCGACUUGGGCAUCACAAAUGCAAAUAAGGGUCUCUGUCGAACUCUACUUGAGGCCGAGCAAUCAGUCCCUCGAGAUACACUGUUUCGUGACGACCUGUUUGAGGAAACAUGCGAGAGCGUGCGUGCAAGAAACGAAGCUAUGGUUGUUCGAGACAUUUCCCCACUGAUAUGUCCAUCCGCUCAAGUCCUAAGAGUCUAUGGUGCAAAACAUCUCAAGCCCUUAAAUGAAAGUGUCAAUGAAGGCUGGAAUAGUGCCAUACCUUUUUACGGUCCUCGUCCACAACCUGAUUAUUCGGUGGGGUUUGGACGAUCUGCAUUCUCUGACGAUCAAAUCAAAAAGCUUACGCCUUUCGUGGGCGAGGUCACGGAUACUUUUGCCUCCUAUUUCAUGGCCACUUGGCAGAUGUAUUUUCCAUUUCUAACCUGCGAAGUAAAAUGCGGUGCCGCGGCACUCGAUGUAGCAGACCGGCAGAAUGCUCAUAGCAUGACAAUUGCGGUGAGAAGUAUUGUGGAACUCUUCAGGCUAGUAAAGCGCGAAAAGGAGCUUCAUCAGGAAAUUCUCGCCUUCUCAAUCUCGCACGAUCACAGCUCAGUGAGAAUCUACGCCCACUUCCCUAUAAUUGAUGGAAAGCAAACCACCUUCUACCGCCAUCCGAUUCAUAAAUUUGAUUUUACAGCACUAGAUGGCAAGGAGAAGUGGACGGCAUAUAGGUUCACUAAGAAUGUCUACGAGACAUGGGUUCCAGGUCACUUUAAAAGAAUCUGUUCAGUUAUUGAUGAGUUGCCCCCUGAUUUGAAUUUUGAGGUCUUGGAGCAAUCGGAGCUAGGGGAAUCUGGACUUUCACAAGGGUUGGAAAGCCAUAAUCUAUCUCGCCAAUCAAGCCAUGAUGCUGCGUCUCUGAUAGAGACAGCUGACAGUCAGUCAAGCCGUAACCCUUCGCGAGACAUUACCCCAGAUACGUCCCUAUCUCAGGGGAUUGAACGAGCCUUCAAAAAGCCAAAGAAAAGGGGUCGGGCAGUGGAAUUACAUCAUUGUUGA